AGGUGUUGUUGCCAUGACAACCCAUAUUGUGAAUUUUUUUAAUGCUCUUGAGACAGACAGACGGCAACAGCGGAAAAAAAAGAUUGGUUUAACCUUCUGCCAGACUUCUAGCUAAAUAAGCUCCAAACUGAAAGUCUGAUAUGGAGGAGACUGCUACGACGGAGGAAGCCGUGGAGUUAAAAGCAUCGAGCGAGGCCAUCGCCUUUCUGUCCAGCAUACAGGCUGCGGAGAUGCAGCGGUGUCUGUUUGAAGACUCUCUGGUGACAGUGUCCGAGGGGGGCAGAGAGCUGGGAGAGUUUAAGGUGACUGUGGAGAGGACCAUUUGCAGGGAGCAGCCUUGCCUGCUGCUGCAUGCACACAGCCAUGGAGCUAUUGACAACACUCCCUGUGGUACAGCCAUCACUGCCUACGUUUCUUUGAACCUGGAGACCCUGGAGCAAAACCACCACGAGUACAUCAAGCUUCAGGACCACCGAUUGGACAGGAAGUGUCACAUGGUCCAGCAUGAUGGACAGCUGGUGGUGAACAAAAUCACCACUGUGGGAGAGGAGAUUAGGAGGCAGACCUUGUCGUACCCUCUGUCCUCUGUGAAGGGGUUCGUGUCCGAGGGCUCUAACCUGCUGCUGCUGAGGGUAUUCGCUCUGAGGAAGAAUGUCCCGGAAAACAUGACCUUCCUCUCCUUCGACCAGGACACACACAUAUCCACCUCCACAUAUAAGGAGCUGGGGUGCAGGCAGCAGACGGCGGGAGAGGAGGUGGUGGAGGUGUUUGGGGUGGAGAGGGCGGUCGACUCGGUGGAGGACAUCCCAGCCAUGUGGCACUGCUACUUCCUGCCUGACGGGCAUCUGGCUAGCCGAGUGCAGGUGGGCUCUCCUGUGACCAUGAGGCUCUUGCUACUCCCGCUCCAAACACACACAGAGGUGAGGGAUGAUAAGCCUGUGUUUGAGAAGAGGUCUCUGGUCUGGGAGGAGGACAUGCAGAUGCACUCCAUGUUCCUGGACAGAAAGGAGGAGUUGAAGGCGGAGCAUGCCUCGUACCUGCGGCAGCACCCGGAGCUCCGCACUAUGAUGGCUGACUUCCUGCAGUUUUUGUUACUACGGAAACCGAGCGACGUAUUUGUGUUUGCCCGCGAAUACUUCUCCCCAUUCGCCUCCCUCCAACCCCCGGGGAGCACCUUCAACACCUCCUCACCCUGAGGAUGCGUCUCAACAGUAUAAAUAGCUUCCUCUCCACUGAUCUGAGACACGUAUGGGAUAGGUGAAAGCACUGUGAUGUAGGCUUGCCGUGCCUACUAGAGAUUUGAAUUCACUUGUCCAAUUAUUUUAUGUCAGUUCAGAUGGAGGAAAGGGAAUGAAGAGAAGAAGCCUCUUUUAAGAUUCAGCCCAGUUCUCUUUAAUAGGUUCUGUCUUUCAUCUUUUUUUCUUUUUUUUUGCCCCUUUUUCCCCCCAAUUGGUAGUUACAGUCUUGUCCCAUCACUGCAACACCUGUACAGACUCGGGAGAGGCGAAUGUCGAGAGCCAUGUGUCCUCCGAAACACAA